CGGCCAUUGCAGUGGUGUGGUGAUCCAUGCUCUGCUACUAAGCACCCCGGCCAGUUUCACUAGCAACAGAGUGUCAGACUCGGUGGAACGCUCUAGCUGACCACGCAUCGUAAGCUGCUUGGGUUUUCAGGGUCUGCAGCUGACCGUGGUCUUCGUCACGCCGCUCCGACAAAUGCUGUCUAAACUGCUCUACAACAUUCAGGAGCUCCCGCCUGACCAUCGCGUUAUCGCGGGACAGCGGCACCGGCGCUUGCUCUAUUACGUAGCCCAUCUGGCAUCAUGGACCUUCAACCUUUAUCUCGUCCUUCGACUAGCUCUGUGUUUCUCUGCCGUGCAACAAGAUUGGCGAGUAUGGCUAACUCUGUUGGUCGAGAUCGUCCUCGCCAACUUUUGGCGCCAUGAUCAGCUUCUUACCUUAUUGGGUGGCUUGGCAUCAGAUGGCCAACCACGCCAAAGACUGCGAUUACACGGCACCGACGAUCUACCGCAGGUGGACAUUCUGGUGCCCUGCUGUGGAGAGCCAGUCGAAGUCAUCCUAGACACCGUGCGCGCUGCCUGUACGAUGGACUACCCAAAUUCCAGCUUUCGGGUCCGCGUACUGGACGACGGUGCUUCCACAGAGCUCGAGUCUGCCAUUGCAUCACUACGCACCGAAUGGCCUCACCUCUUCUACCACACCCGGGGAAGGCAAUCCGGUAAAGUCUUCGCCAAGGCUGGUAACAUGAAUUACGCCCUCUUCACCCUGCAAGAGAAGGCGCCACCUGAGUUCUGUGCCAUCUUUGACGCAGACUCCAUCCCCAUGCCUCACUUUCUGAGGGCGACGUUGCCCCAUCUCCUCCAGACCCCGGACGCAGUGCUCCUCACCACCCGGCAGUACUUUUAUAACCUCCCAUCAGGUGACCCCCUGUCCCAGUCACGCCUCCACUUCUACGCAUGUGAAAAUGCAGAGCUCGAUCGUCGGGGCCUUGCUCAGGAUGCAGGCUCCGGGGCCCUUUUCCGGCGACAAGCCAUCAUCGAUGCCGGCGGAUAUCCAACGUACUCCUUUUCCGAGGAUUGGCAGCUCUCGCUUGUUCUGAAAGGUCUAGGCCACCGCACCAUUCAAGUCCAGGAGCCACUACAGUAUGGAUUGGUUCCGACGUCCUUGGAUGGACACAUUGCACAGCGCAACCGGUGGCACAUUGGCCACUCCCAACAGCUUCGGGCGUUGAUGCCGCCCACAAACAAGACGCUUCCCCGCUCACUGCAGUGGAGUAUUGCAUGGAAUGGCGUCUUCAUCAUGGCUGGGGCAGUUGGCUGUUUGAUCACGUUUGCGAUGGUUCCAUUGCUUCUGGUGUCGGGUCAGCUGGUCCCAGAUGUUUCGCCACUGCUGGCCAAAGCACAGUUUUUCUUGGCUGUUCUCCAUAUUGCCUUGACCUGGGCGUAUGGACUUUUGCAGAGUGCGCAUACGGGAUUCGAAAGCUUUCCGUUCUCUCGUUAUGAAAAUAUCUGGCUGGCUGGAGCACACAUCCACGCUGUCGCUCGAUUCCACCUCCUCGCCAGCCGACCGAAGGGCUCCUUCGUGACUGGCAGCAGCGCCAACUCAUGGAAUCGCAGCGCGACCCCGACAUUUCUCCAAAAGCUCUACCACAAUCUGUGGCACAACGGGAUCGCAUACAGCAUCGUGAUUCUCCUUGCCACUAUCGCAUCCAUUGUCUACUCGAUCUACUCGGCCAUCACAACCACCGACGAUAGUUUGCUAUCCCGCUUGCUCACCACAAUUGCCUGGCCGCCAAUGCUUCACAUCUGCUACCUCUCCAUCGUCAGUUACUGGGCGCCCGUCUCAUACCUGCUGAAUCCGCCGCGGUACCCGGAGCGGAAGGCUGGAUUGGCAUUGUCGGAGACUGGUGUGGUGCUUCCGAGUGCGGAGGUCCAGCAAGCUGCUAUGGUGCGUGGGGAAGCGCCGGUCGGAUUUUAUCGUCAGUGCGUGGUGGUUGUGUUGGUUUUGGGUGGGUUGUUGUUGGGUGGAUUGGCAUUGUGAGUGAUAGAGAUGGAUUGGUUGGGUUGCUAGAUUAGAUUGUGAGUAGACGU